AUGGCGGACUCGGACGACAUUCAAGAAGACGAUGAGAUAGACUAUUAUGGUGUCUUAAACGUCAGAAAACAGGCCACAGAAGAGGAAUUACGAUCUGCAUAUCGCCGCAUGUGCGUGAUCUACCAUCCCGACAAACACCAAGAACCUGCAAAGAAAACCGCUGCUGUUCAGCUGUUUAGUAAAGUGCAGAGGGCUUAUGAUGUUUUGAGUAAUCCAGAAACCAAAGCAAUCUAUGAUAUUUAUGGUCAGAAAGGACUGGACGCUGGCUGGGAGGUUGUUGAAAGAAAACGUACACCAGCUGAGAUUCAAGCUGAAUAUGAACAACUUCAAAGAGAGAGAGAAGAAAGAAGACUACAGCAAAGAACAAAUCCAAAGGGAAGCAUCUCAAUUGGUGUUGAUGCUACGGACCUCUUUGAUAAUUUUGAUGUCUUUGAAGAAAGAACAUUCCCUAAUAUAGAAAUAAACAAUAUGUCAAUCAUGCAAUCAAUUGAGGCUCCUUUAACAAAGAAAGACACAGCAACAAUGUCAGGUUCAUUAUCUAUUAAGAAUGGUAACGGCAGUGGCGAUAUAUCAGCAUCGAUAAGAAGAGUAUUAUCAUAUAAAGCAUGGGGUGAGGUUGAAUUUGGUGCAGGAAAUGGACCUUCCCUAGCUCUAAGAGGAUUUCGAAAUCUAACAAAAAGAAGCUAUGGUACGUCAGAAUUACAUUUACAACUUAGAGGAAACCUCUUACAAUUUGGAAUACAAACAAUGGUUUCAAGACAGUUAGGAAAGCAUACUAAUGGCUACUUGACAUGGCGAGCUGGUACAAAUUCCUGCAUGAAUUCAUCUGUGAUACGGGAAACAGAAUCCAGUAGAGCAAUGUUGAUAUUCCAGCUUGGCAUCCCUAAUACCUUUGCAAUGGCAUCAUAUACAUUGAAAUUUGAAGAUACAAGACUCAAGGGUGCCAUUAAGACAGGGGUUUUUGGUACAAUAUUUGAGUAUGGUGCUGAAAGGAAAAUAUCAAAGCAUAGCCAUCUUGGUGCGUCUGUGAAUAUAGGGGUACCACUUGGCGUCUUACUCAAAAUAAAACUCAUAAGAUCGACACAAGUGUACAGUUUUCGAAUAUCGCUAUCAGAAGAGAUAAGUCCGUCAGCCAUGCUAUAUGGAACCGUUGUACCUCUUAUACUCUACUGGGCUGUCAAAGUCCUUGUUGUUAGUCCAUUCUUGAAACAAGAAAAAGAAAAAGAAGCUGAAUUGAAUAGAGAGAAAAGUGAACGGGAAAUGGCUGAGAAGAAACGGGAAGCUCAGGAUUGUGUUGAACUUAUGAAAUCAACUUAUGAAAGAAUUGUGGAAUUUGAGCGAUCAAGACAUGGACUAAUAAUAAUAUCAGCGUGGUAUGGGAAUCUUGUAUCUAUGAAUACAUCAGACCACAGUAGCAACUCAGGUCACCCAGAAGUCAUAGACGUUACUGUCCCAGUACAGUGUCAAGUCAAAGAUUCGCGGUUAUUUCUUACUGAUAAACAUAAGUAUAAUUUGAGUGGAUUUUACGACCCGUGUUCUGGAGAAGAGAAACUUUUAAGAAUACGAUAUGAGUUUCGAGAUGUUCUGCAUGAAGUGACAGUAGGAGACGAAGAACCUGUCAAGCUCCCUAAACAAUCACACAAAAUUGAAUUUAGUUAACCGUUUGGGAUCGUCCUUGGGAAGUGAAUCCAAGGCAAUGUUGCUUAACACUAAUCUCGUUUGAGAUUCUUGCUGUAUAGAAUACCCAGAAGUCAAUUCUCUUCUAUUUCAAUUUAACACCAAGAUUUUUGACAUUUAGAACGACAACUCCAGUCGCUAAAGUCCGGAAUCUUAGUCUACUCCAUGCGAAUUUUCCAUCAAAAACGGAUUCCCAUGAUUUUAUUUGAUGUCAACUCUUUUUCUCGCUGAAAACUAGUUUUGAGACUGGUGUUUCGAGUAUUUCAAUGGAUUUUAAUAAUAUUUAGAUUUACAUUGAUGCAAUCUAUGAUGAAUUAAAGACAUUCAAUUUUUUCUUGUCUA